CAGAAGUGAUUUGUAUGAGGACGCUCCAUCAGCAUGCUGGCCUAUCAUAUAUUCUCCAGAGUAUAACAUCACAUUCAUGGGACUUGAGAAACUGCAUCCAUUCGAUGCAGGGAAAUGGGGAAAAGUAAUCAAUUUCUUGAAAGAAGAAAAACUAAUUGCAGAUGACUUGAUUGUACAGGCACGGGAAGCUACUGAUGAAGAUCUCUUGGUUGUUCACACAAGGCGCUACCUUAAUAAAUUAAAGUGGUCAUUUGUUGUGGCUACAAUCACAGAAAUUCCACCAGUUGCCUUUCUUCCCAAUUUCGUUGUUCAGAGAAAAGUUUUGAAACCUCUACGAACCCAGACAGGAGGAACAAUAAUGGCAGGAAAACUUGCUGUUGAUAGAGGCUGGGCAAUCAAUGUGGGGGGUGGUUUUCAUCACUGUUCAAGUGACAAAGGUGGAGGAUUUUGUGCAUAUGCUGAUAUCACACUGGCUAUAAAGUUCUUAUUUGAAAGAGUACAAGGGGUGUCUAAAGCCACAAUUAUUGAUCUGGAUGCUCAUCAGGGAAACGGCCAUGAGAGGGACUUUAUGGAUGAUCAUCGGGUAUAUAUUAUGGAUGUGUACAAUAGAUAUAUUUAUCCAGGGGAUGGAUUUGCUAAACGUGCCAUAAAACGCAAGGUGGAAUUAGAGUGGGGUACAGAUGAUGCAGAAUAUCUUCAGAAGGUACAUACUCACGUGGAAGGAGCAUUAAAUGAAUUAAAACCUGACAUCAUUGUUUAUAAUGCUGGGACUGAUAUUCUGGAUGGUGAUCCAUUGGGAGGACUUGCUAUUUCGCCUCAGGGAAUUGUGAAGAGAGAUGAAGUCGUGUUCAAGGCUGCCAGAAGCCGCAGAAUCCCAAUCCUGAUGGUGACGUCUGGAGGCUACCAGAAGAGGACAGCGCGGAUUAUUGCCGAUUCCAUCCUCAAUUUGCACAACUUGGGGCUUAUUGACAAGGAGCUAGUGACCAGUGGAGCUGAAAAUCCCAAGGUAGAACAGAUGAUUAGAGAGACUGCUAAAGACUUAACCAACUUGUCACUGCAAUGACAAGUUAAUAAAUUUUAGGAAACGACUUCCUGGUUUAGGAGCAGGAAGUCUCCACAUCAUUAUCAGGGUUAAUAUAACGUAUUUUAAAAAGACUCAACUUGACUGUAAAGUAACACAGUAGAGAGAAUAUGCAGUCACAGAAUAACUGUGUCUAACUUCUGAAGCUAUCUUGAGCAAAGGCAACAAAUCCUUUUAAGCUAAUUGAGACAUAUACUCAAGGGUACUGUCUUUCAGUUUAUAAUAUUACUGUAGAAAGCUUUAAUUGCUUCUCUUAUCGUUAUGGGUAGUCUUAUUAUGUUGAAAGAACCAUGCAGUUGGUAUCCAAAGACUGUCCCAGACCUAUUUCAGGUGAUGCAGUUCAGACUGCGGUGAGAGAAAUAUGGACUAAACCUACUGGUAUUUUUUUUUAUUUUUUAGAUACUGCAUUUUA